GUAGACUGUCAGUAGUUGAUUCUCACUCUCGAUAAUGUCUGCGACGGGGGCGGAUAGAUUAUGUCGUUAUCUUAUCAAUGCAUCUUGAAUGCAUCCUUCGGGUUCUGCAUGGCGGUGCACCAACUCCUGGCAAUCAAACAUUCCCUAAGCAGUAAGGUAUACUAACCAACCGAAUCAAAGCAGGGUAUCGCUGUCACUAAUGCUACACAGAACGACCCCAGUCGAAUCUGCCUCCGCGUCUGCCUUCAUCUCGGGAUCUCUCUAUUUGAAGUAAUCGCGGAUCCCAGGGGUAGGGAGCGAUUUUGGAGGCCUCUGUACAGGCUCAGUAUCGUUUGCGUGAGUAUCGAGCUCACGCUUUUCCCUCUCGUUCGCAGCUGACUUAUUCUACUCACCUAUACUCUACUUUACUUCCUUAUCUACAUUUACUUUACUUCUCUUUCCUCUGCUUUUCCUGUGCCUACAGCUACAGUAUCUCGCGGCUUGUCAAUGUAUCGAUUGGGAUCAGCUUCCGCCCGGUUCCGCCACAGCUUUUGCGUUCUGAGACGAUCAAGCAGAGGCCGUUAGCCCAAGCUGUAACUACUUAAGUGCCUCUCUGCAUCUGCGUCUGCGUCUGCAUCUACCAAGUCUCGUCGCCUAUCAAUGACAUCGUCUCUGCCUCCCAACCCUUUACUAUGAAAAAAGACUGUCUGUUUACAAUGUCGUCCAUCCGCGCUCACCCUCUGAACCUCGACCCAGAGUUCAUGGCCGCCUGCUUGGCCAUCCCCAAGCCAGUCAGAAACCAGUCUCCUUUCUCCCCGACCGAAACGCUCGUCUCCAAUGCGACUCGCCUCACUGACAAGUACCCCAACGCCUAUAGCGACUUCUAUGGCAGCGACACUCCCUGUGUCUUCAAGUCUGGCCCUGACUGGCACGUCCGCAAGGGCCCUCAGACCCGGGGCAUCGAACGUGAGGCUCGCCCGGUCUACCGUCACCCCAUUGGGCCCACUUGGCUCUCUAUCGGCAGGCGCAUCUAUGACUACCUCGACUCCAUUGGCGUAAAGUGGACGUCCAUCAACCCCCUCGCCUACGCCGAUGCUGGGGAGGCCAAGCCCUUCUGCUCUCUCAUCCUCUCUAUCGGUGUGAAGCCCGACUCCCUUCUCUACGACACCGCUGUUGACGCUGCCGCCGCCGUCAAGGUGAUCCUUGCCGAGGCUGGCUUCCCUGACAUCGAGGUGGCCUUUGUCGAGUCGAUAGUCACUCAUUCUGUUGUUGGCCCCAAGCUCCUCUCAUUCGACCCCCUCCUCGAUGAUGUCCCUGACCUGCGAAAGCCCUUCACCACCGCUCUCGGUCUCUCCAUCGCACCCCUCAAGUACCCCCACUUCGAGGGCACAGGCGCUCUCUACUUCCGCCUUAGCAAAGACGACAAGCGCACUGCCAUCCUGACCUGCGCCCACGUCGCUCGUCCCCCUCCUGUCUAUGCCAACAUGGGCAUGACGCGUAAGAACACAAGCCAAGCUCAUGAGGUGAUCGUCGCGCUCGGUAACAGGGGCUACAACAAUGCCAUCAAGUCCAUGAUGGGCACCAUCGGCGACCUCCUCCACUCCAUCGAAAUCUGGAAUGACGUGCUUGGCAGGCUGGGGGUGCCCGUCGAGGGAGAGAACAGCAAGAUCACUAAGAGGCGCGAGGAGCACGUGGACUUGGUGGUGAAGGCGACAAGCACGAUCACGGAGGUGAACGCGAUCCACGACGAGGUCACCAAGCGCCGUACCACCCCUGACCAGCGCGUCAUUGGCUUUGUGCUUCACUCUGAGAAGAUCGAGGUCUCAGUCGAGCCCCACGGUUUCACCAAAGACUGGGCCCUGAUCGAGCUGUACGACGAGAGGAUUGAUUGGCCUACGUUUAAGGGAAACAAGGUUUACGUCGGCGGUAACCUCGUGAACGUUGACUUUGGCAACACAAUGUUCCCUCAGCCCGUCGAUCGAGCGAACUACCGGUACCCCCGCGAUGGUCUCCUCCAGGCCUACGGCGUCGUCCAGGAUGACGAGUUCCGCGACCCCCAGCACCUCGACGUCCACAAUGAGAAGUGCCUACUCGUUGUGAAGAAUGGGUUGACCACGGGGACCACCGUCGGUCGCGCCAAUGGUCUCGAGUCCUUCACCCGCAUCUAUGAUGACUACGACAUCAAGCACACCUCCACUGAGAUCGCCGUCUUGCCCUACGACAAGAUGCGCAGCAAGUUUUCCGAUGCUGGCGACUCCGGGUCUAUCGUCCUCGCCAGGGAUGGUCGCAUUAUCGGAAUCCUCACCAGCGGUGCAGGCUCUACCGACAAGACCAAUAUCACUUACCUCACCCCUUACUGGUGAGUGGAGAAGCAGAUCAAGGCCAAGUACGCCAGCUGCUUCCUCUACGACGUCGUCCAGUAGGUAUGUCCCGAGCUCGACAAGCUCGUCUCGUCUCGUCUCUUCUCAUCACACUCGCUCCUUCCCCCCUUUUCCGUCGCACUUGUCCUAUCUAUUAGCUCGUUGUCGAUGCCGACGUCGUGGACCGCUGUUUAGGUUUGUCUUUUUCUUUUUCUCUUUUCACCUUUAACGAAUGCUGGCUAUCCUCGAUAUAUAAAAUUUGAGCAAUGGGAACCUCUCGUAAUUUACGACCUGUAACUAUUCGCGAUCAUAUCUAUGUAUCGACUCAUCAGUAUCGAAUGAGAGUCUUAUUUUGACUGCCAAUGG